UAUUGGGUCUGGGCCUCCGGAAAUGUCAACAGGCGGACCCUGUCAAAGACCUGGUAGAGAAUAAUAGAAACAGUCUCCAUAAUCAGAUCUUUCCAGCUGAUCAAUACCUGAAUAUUGGUGCAUCCAAUAUGAGUAUUGAUGAAUACAGACAGACAAUCAAUAAUUACAGCCUGGAUAACUGUAAACAUGGGAAUCAGGGCUUCGAACGAGUUCUCUUGCAGCUGUUCGGUUUACCAGGUAACGGCAAGUCAUCCUUCAUCAACUCCUGUAAGUUUGUCCUGGACGGAGUUUACAGAGAAUUUGCAGAAGCAAGGGCAUCGGAUGGUGGAUGUAUUACAAGGAGAGUGCCCUUUGAGCUCACCAAUGUUAUAAUGAUGGUUGAUAAUCGUGGCUGUCCGACACUCGACAAAUACGAGACAGGAGAGAUUUUUGCCCAACUUGCCAAUUUAUUGCCUCUUAAUGAGACUGUGACAUGGUGUAAAGAUUAUUCAGAGAAUGUAGAUCGAUUGAUGGAAGCAGAUAAAACGGCCGAUGACAAGGAUUUUAUUGUCCCGAUCUUUGUGCACAGCAUAAAAAACAAAAUAUCAGGACAUGAAGUUGAUACAUACAGAAAUAUUCUAAAAACUGCCACAGACCUGACAGGUAUCAAUCCCCUAGUUAUUCUAACUCAUAAAACCUCCGGCAAUCUAAAUGAGGUGCGAAAAGUGUUUGAAGACCUGGGAUCCGAUAAGAUCUACGCGAUUGAAAAUUACACCUCAGAAGAUCACCGAGAAUUGCUGGGAAAACACGAGGAAAUUCUGUCUUUUCUCUGCCAGGUUCUGAAGGAAGUCAGUUUCUGCAUGGCGAAGCAGAGAGAUCCAAAAUGUGAAAGGAAAGACAGGAUGAAGUUUAUUCUUAAAUACAUUAAGGCGGCCGAUGAUGAGAAGAGAAACCAGGAAUUUGGAGAAGAAACAGAAAGAAUGGCGGAAGAAAUAGAAAGGAUGCAAAGGAAGUGCCCCGUGCAGUAA